CGAGGGACUGAGCCUGAAAGCGGCCAUUGGCCUCCAUAAGUCGGUGUUCAGCUCUCCUCCUCCUCUCCAUGGCCUCCUCCUUCCCGGACGCCUCCGCGUUGCUGGCGGACGCCCUCCUCCGGUUCGGGCAGCUCUUCCCGGAGGAGCCCCCCCCGCAGGUGGCGGUGUGCGCCCCGGGCAGAGUCAACCUGAUCGGGGAGCACACCGACUACAACCAGGGAUUCGUUCUUCCAAUGGCGCUUCCUCUGGUCACCGUGGUGGUGGGAGGGCCAACCUCUGCUCCGGGGGUUACCAUAGUAACCGCCGCACAGGACGCUGAUGAGCCGCGGAGAGUGGAGCUUAUCUUGACAGGGGAUGGAUCCUCUCUGUCUCCAGGGUUACCCCGCUGGGCAAACUACGUGAAGGGAGUCAUUCAGCACUACAGGGCUCCUGCCCUCCCCAAUUUCAGAGCGGUGGUAACUAGCAGCGUCCCCCUGGGGGGAGGUCUGUCCAGCUCGGCCUCACUGGAGGUAGCCUUCUACUCCUUCCUGCAGAAGCUCAAGCCAGAUGAUGGAGAAAAACUGCCUAAAGUUCUGGCCUGUCAGCAGGCCGAACACACCCAUGCUGGAGUCCCGUGCGGCAUCAUGGACCAGUUUGUGUCUGUUUUCGGCAGGGAGGGCCAAGCUUUGCUCAUUGACUGCAGGUCUCUGGAAGCCACGCCGGUCCCUCUGGCAGACCCCGGCUUGGUCAUCCUCAUCACCAACUCUAACGUCAAACACUCGCUGACAGGCAGCGAGUACCCGACCAGACGCAGGCAGUGUGAGGAGGCCGCCUCUGCGCUGGGAAGGGACAGUCUGAGGGACGUAACCAUGGCAGAGCUCCAAGAGGCCAGGGAGAGGCUGGGUGACGUCACGUACCGCCGAGCUCGGCACGUCGUCGAAGAAAUAGAAAGAACCGUUCAAGCUGCUGAAGCCCUGAAGAGAGGCGCCUACCAGGAGUUCGGUCGGCUCAUGGUGGAGAGCCACAACUCUCUGAGGGACCUGUAUGAGGUGAGCUGCAGAGAACUGGAUGAACUGGUAUCGGCAGCCAUGGAGGUGGAGGGGGUGUUUGGUAGUCGGAUGACCGGUGGAGGGUUUGGAGGAUGCACGGUGACCCUGCUGCAGGCCCACGCCGUGGACGAGGCCAUACGACACAUGAAGGAACGAUACAGCGGAACUCCGACUUUCUACGUAACGACGCCUUCAGACGGAGCUCGGGGUCUGAAUCUGCCCUGACCUCAGGCCUCUGGCGUCUGAACAGGCGCUGGGAUCGUCCCACUAACGUGAAGCUUUUUAACCCACUGAUGCAAUGCUUCACCUGAAAAAAUGUUUCAGGAGAAACUUGGUGAUUCUACGUUUAAUACUAAAAAUACAUCAUUAUUUUUAAUGAAAUCAAUGUACUUUGAUUUUUUAAAAUAAAACAAUCAUGUCUAAACUGUUUU